AUGCCGUCAUCAUGGGAGCUGGUUGCUGUUGGGGGCGUCGUUGUGGGUGGCGUUGGUGUGGACGUGGUGGUUUUGGUAGGCGGUGUGGUGCCGUCGGUGUCGUGGUCGAUGUUGGUGGUCGUGGUGGCCAUGGGUGAUCGAGGAGCGAUGUUGGUGGUGGUGGCUAUGGGUGACGGUGAUGGCAUGGCAUUGGCAGCGGUGACAAGCAUGGUGGUGGUGGUGGAAGAAGAGGCUGCGGUUAUCCCUCCUUCCGCUGUAACCGCUUCCGUUGCAGUAACCGCUCCCAUUGCAGCAGCCCCCAAUGCCAUCAGCCCAGCCGCUAAUGCUAUCGGCCUUCCCGUGCUCUAUGCCCCAGGUUAUGCUUUACCUCCCAGCAGGCCUGACAAUGCUAUUCUUCCGCCAGGCAAUCUCAUCACAGCCAUAUACGGGUACCAUAUCCCUCCCCCCAAUGCUGGCAGCCCCUUCUUUUGUGGAAGUCACUUCACCUCUCGUGAUCACGUCACAGAAGGGCAUCGUCGCAUGGCGGCUGCUCUCACCGCCAACUUUGCAUUAUACCUUACUUGA